AUCUUUCCAUCCAAACCCCUAUAAAAACCAACUCUCACCACCCAAUGAAGCAACCAACAUAUACAUAUACACAUACAUUCAAACUUCAAAGAGAAAAUAGAUAUGGCAAUGUACUUCAAUACUAACAUCUUCCUUUUAGCUUUCUUCGCCAUUACUGUGAUUCUGUCCUCUAGUAACAAUGUUGUUGGCCAAGAUUGUCAAAAUGAUGUGCAGGGUUUGAUCUCUCAAUGUGCUUCUUACGUUAAAAAGGAUGGUCCAAAGAUAAAACCAUCUCCACAAUGCUGCGAUGUUAUCAAGAAAGCAGACAUUCCAUGUGUGUGCAAGCGAUUGACCGCGGAGAUUGAGAAGACGAUUGACAUGGAAAAAGUGGUCUUUGUAGCAAAGACUUGUGGCAAGCCACUGGCCCCUGGUUCUAAGUGUGGAGCUUUCAAUGUCCCUCCUGCAGCGUAUAUUGGAUGAAGAGACUAUCUGCAAAUCUAUGAACUGUGGUUUGUGUAAUGUUAUGGAUGAAGAAAAAAAAAGGCAUAAAUUUGGAUCUCAUAUGCUUCAAUGUUGUAUCACUAAAAAUUUAUACCAUGACAAAUAAGAAUUAUUGAAAAAUUAAUAAAUCUACAUUCUCCUAAGGAUAA